AUUUCCAGAGACAGGAACUAGUUUAUAAAAAGUGGGCAAAGUGAAAGAAAUUAAAAUAAUUGAUAUGAUGGCAUGUUAUCUUCCUUUCAACAACAGAAACCUAGAUAUAAGUUUUUUUGUGUUCAAGCCAACUGUGGUAGUGGUGGAAGAGCUUGUUCGGGCACUCCAACCUAUCUCCAUCUGCACUCAAUCUCUUGGCUGUCUUCAAACUUCUAUUUUCAGGAGCAUCCAUGGAAAUAUGAUAAUAUGGUAUGGAGCGUGGACAAAGAGAUCUAGUGAAAACAAACAAGUUCUAACUUCAACAAUUCUGUCAAUGUUGACAAAUUUAUCAACCAUGGCUAUCUUGAUUGAACAUAACUUCUUUGAUGCAUAUGCUGGAGACUCAAGAGAAGGAUCCUCUACUGCAAAGUUCUGUACAGGUGACAUAAUAUAUAUGAACAUAACUUCGCCAGGUGCUGGGGACAUAAAUGACCUCUCCUACGCCAACUUAGCAUUAUUCAGAGACAGAUUCCUCAAGAUGGAAGGCGCCAUCUCAGGAGUUUGCUUAAAAUGCCAAACUGUUCCAAGAGUGUCAAGUCUGAUUGUUUGGAAGUCUCUCCAGUAUUGCUAUUCAUGGAUACUCAACUCAGAUUAUAAGAAAACAAUGCUGCCAUAUCUUGAUCGCUUUAACCUGGAAAUUAAGUAUGAUAUUUUCAGGGUGGUUCAUGCCAGCUGUGUACCAACCUCUAUUCACAUGAUGCCAAACCCUGAAGAAGACCAAAUUCUUAUGUAAACUAACUCAUCCAACCAAAUUCUGCAAUGGAGAGUGCAAACUUUCUCAUUGUUUUAGUUAUGAUUUUUAGCCUCAUAUUUUGUUCAACAACAACUCUUAUUUGCUAUGUACACCCAAAACACUAAAUCAAGGGAUAAAAUGUCUCAUGGUUAUCAAAAUUUAGUCAACCAAUCAUCUUGUAACCCUAAACACAACCAUUUGGUGUUUCAGAAUUUUUAUAGAGUGGUUUUAACCUUUGUCGUGGUGCCAA